CUUCCUUCAGUACCUGCCACUGCUUUAUUGAAAUACGAACGGAAUUAUAGGCCACGUAACUCGAGGCUAUUCAGGGCAUUCAGACAGUUACUCGUAUGCCUUCUAGCUCAAAAGAACCGUCUGCAGAGCCGUCCCUGAUGCCACGCGAGCCAGCGUCGCGAGAAUCAGGCCGCAAAAAGCGUAGAAUCCUCGUCCGGCCUAACAGGUCCAUGCCCAAGCAAAGUGCGUUCCAGCGGAUUACUGCAGCUGAAGACCUGGGGUGCCUGGAAAAGUACGUGCCGCUAUACAACAACUACCACGAUGUCGGCUCAGCUGUGUAUCACUGGGAGAUCGACAGCUGGUCUGAGCUUGUUCAGGGCUCACUGAGUCCCAAGUUCUCUGUCGCCGGAAGCACAUUCCAGAUAUUGGCGUAUCCAUCGGGUACCACGCUGCCUAGACACGUUGCUCUAUACAUCCAGUAUUCUCAGACGGACACUGCUCCUCACGAUGGGUAUGCGUGUGCCUACUUUGCACUUCUUAUUUCAAAUCCAGCUGAUCCCACCGUCGGUAUAAAGUCGGCAUUUCAGCAUCGAUUUUCCACCCACCACGAGGCGUUUGGUGCUGAUGACUUUGGACGAACUUCAAAGAUGACGGUCAUCCAGCCUGGAUUCCACAGAGAGGUGGUGCUUGAGAACUGUGUCCGCAUCAGUGCAUAUAUCCGGGUAAUCAACGAUGAAACCGGGACGUUGUGGGACCCGCAAUUCCCGGCUGCACUGGGACUGUCUCGGCUGCUGCUGUUCCCCUAUCUGAACGGGCUAUUGCAAAUGUUCUACCAUCUGAGGGUGCUACGACAGGCUAUUCUUCAAGUGCCAAUUAGUGGUGAGUGCUACCGGCCUGUCCUUGACUCUAUCCAUUGCCUGUUUUCUACUUUUGACGAACAAGAGGCUGCCGCGAACCCGAUGGAUGUUGUCGAUGCCCUCACUCGCCGCAGCAUUACAUCAUUGCCUGCUACGGAGAUCCAAGAGUUUUGCACCUUGUUACGCAACGAACUAAUCCGUAGCCUGCGAAACACAUUUUCAGCUGGCGCUAUUGCCACACUAUUCCAGGGGCGGAUCCGAACAACAAUAACUAAUACCAUGAAGCAUGCGUCUAGGUCACACUCUGAGGAUAUCCAUGACCUAAUGCUCGAUAUUCGCAACCACAGCUGCUUACAUGAUUCGCUGGCAGCCUUUUGCCACCCAGCUCCCCUGUCAUUUCAGAAAAGAUCCGAUAACCAGGAUGUUCAACAGCCAGCAGGGAUGCAGCGCACUUGCUUCGAAAGACUUCCACUGGUGCUCCAUCUCCACCUCAAUCGUUUUGAGCGUGAGCGUGAUGAUGGCUGUGUUGUAGUGCAGCCAGACCCGUUCGAAUUUCCGUUGUCGAUUGACAUGAAUCCGUUCAUAUGCGAACCCAAGCAGCCGGUGGUUCCAUCUGUAUAUGUGCUCACUGGUGUCCAUUUCUGUCACCAGAACACAGAUGGAGAGCUCACAUACAGCUGCUUCCUUUACCGAGGCAAUAACUGCGGCUGGGUGCAGUGUAUUGAUGGCGUUGUUUCACCAGUGAAUGGGUGUGAGGUACUUGACCUAGGCACAAGGGUUGGUCCUAUCACAAUCCUUCGCAACAGAGUGAAGAGAAUUACCAACCCAGCAGAACAAGUCUACAUGCUAGUGUACAUUCGCAAGGAUGUCCGGGAACAUAUCGUAGCAGGAGACGACUUUAUGGAUCUAAGCCCGGAUGAUUAACAGUAUGAUUUGGUGGUAGAAACGCGACAUAUUUCGGCAUUCACAAAAAAUAUAGCGAAUGUUGACGAUAUCCUACAAUCACAUUCCACCUUGCAUCGUGUGGCUUAGUUUGUCAUUUAGAUUCAUGUGUCGCUAUUGCGUGUCAGAAAUAUUA